UUUGUAAAUUUAAAAUAGGACAUUUUUAAAACACAGUCCAAAUGAUUUAUGUUCAACAAAGAAUGUUUUAAUUUUCACAAACUAGUAUGCCUAUUCGCAAACCAAUUAGAAAUUCAUUCGUAAUUCAGUCUGAACUUCGUUAAACAGUUUGGAUCUGCCAUUAAUUAUCUGUCACUGUCAAUAUACAAACAAAACAAGUGAGCGAGGAUCUGUCAAUUUCUUUUCUAGAUCACGUGAUCCUGGCCUCAGUUGGACUGGAUAGAGAUGGAUUUCCACGUCAUCUUACGUCUCAAAAUUUCUGCCUCGCGGAUACCCCUACAACUCGGGUAAGAGGCACGCGCACAUGAGAGCUAUGUUGUGGGCGUUGCGUAUAGGUCUCGCUAGCCCAAGCUAGAAGCUGCGCGGGUACAAUGAUGGAUUUUGACGAGAGGGUUUCCGUUGGCUCCAACAUGUAUCUGCCCAGCUGCACAUAUUACGUUCCGGGGGCUGAUUUCUCCACGUUGCCCUCUUUCCUUUCCCAAAGUCCGUCUUCUCGUCCAGUUACCUACUCUUACUCAUCUAACCUGCCUCAGGUACAGCAUGUCAGAGAGGUUACAUUCCGAGACUAUGCUAUUGACGCGUCCAGUAAAUGGCCUCACCGAGGUCCACUGGCUCAGUGUUAUCCGUCGGAGGACAUAGUACACAGGGAGUGUUUACCAGCGGCAACGACAGUUAGUGAAAUGUUCCCCAAGAAUAAUGCAUCUGCGUAUUAUCACUCAUCGAACUCGACCUCCGCGUCCAAUUUCUACGGCAAUGUUGGAAGAAACGGGGUGCUUCCUCAAGCAUUUGACCAGUUUUUUGACACCGCCUGCGGGGGCUCGGACAGCGUAGCGAACAGCGACUAUGCAGCGAGGGAUAAAAUGCACUCCAGCAAACAGCCAACGCCAGCGCCCGCACCGGAGCAGGAGUCCGAACGAAAGGAGCGACAGGAGACCAGUAGCCCCGAAUCGUCUUCCGGAAACAACGAGGAAAAGACUAGCGGUGCGAGCAGUGGACCCAGGGUUCGCAAGAAGAGAUGUCCCUAUACAAAAUUUCAAAUCCGGGAGCUCGAGAGGGAAUUUUUCUUCAGCGUGUACAUUAACAAAGAGAAACGACUUCAGCUCUCACGGAUGCUUAACCUCACCGAUCGCCAAGUGAAAAUUUGGUUCCAGAACCGGCGGAUGAAGGAAAAGAAACUAAAUCGGGACCGGUUACAGUACUACAGUACCAACCCAUUGCUCUAGGGCAAGGAAAUAACAACAGAUACAAUACAACAGCUGCAGUAAUGAGAUCACAUACGAGACGUUAUACAGACUCUCAGCGGUUAACUUCAAGUUCGUGACAAGGCACCAUUCACGUGUAUACAAUUAUAGAGAGCAUAUAGGACAUUGAAAUUCACAUUUUAAAUACGGGUUGUUUGUGCUCGUAAUGGAUAAAUGUAUACAAUUUUUGGCGAACAGAAAUAAUUUAAUUAAGAGCUCGUGAUACACACUGAUCAUGGACUAUUCCGCUUGCAGUUGUGAUGGACUACACGCGAAGAUUGAGUGAAACUGGCUGAAUUAUUUGGGUCUGAACAAGGAAAGGCUUUUGACAAGCCAUUCGUAUGGCGUUUUAUUUUUUUGUGGAGGAAUGUUGUACAGGUUGGCCUAAUGACUUUGGUGUGACCACAUAUAUAUAUAUAUAUAAAAACCUGCUAAAAUGUUAGCGUGACUGCUCCCAGUUUCCAAAUUAUUUAUUUGAUUUGCCACCAAAUAUAACUUUCAUCCAUCGUUGUUACUGAACGUCUUUAAGCAAUAACACUUUCUUCUACGGUCGUCUCUCGGGAAUGUAAACGACUCAUUACAAGCAACUGUGUACUGACUAAAAUGUGAUCAUCGAUCAUCCAAAGUUUUCACUUGCUGCAACCGAAUGGAGAACAUGCAAUCUCGCUGAAUCUCAUCCCCAAUCAUAAACAUUUUCGGACUCGAAAUUGGUAAUCUUUAUGAAGUGGACUCUUUCGGGCUUAAGAAAUAACGUUUUCACAAUGAUCUUAUUCGCCCAUGUUCUACUCUGCACCGCUAUGAACAUUAUCCUGGAGUUAAAACAGGGUUUGGUUGAUUGAAAUUCAGAAAAUCGUCUUUACGACAUAUACUUCCUAAAUUAAAUAAUUAAAGGGGUACAACGUAUAUUUGUAGUACACCGUUUUCUUUUCAAAUAUAUCUAUAAUUGUGUACAUAUUAUGCAUGAGUAUACACUUGCGCAUUAUGUGCAUUUAUAUAAAAAAGCAAUGUUUUGUUUUGUUUUUAUUAUUUUUCUUAAGAUCUCUCUCGGACCAUACGAAGAAGCAUUUGUUCUGACAGUUAUACCGCCACAGUGGUUACAGUACUAUUUGCAGUUAUCAUCUGAAUGUUUAUGGCCGUAGUCGUAGUGUUCAUAUAUGACAGCCUAAGAGCAAUAAACUAAGACAGUGGGAGAGAGAAAGAAAGUAGAAAAUAGUAGAAAGUAGAAGAAAGGGGGAGAGAAAGACUGAGCUUUAUGGUUGCUUGCUGCAGAGCGACAUGGCCUGGCUGGCGCAUCCUUUGAGGCUCUGAGGAAUAUCCGCCUAAUUACGGGGACAUCCUCCUUGUUGCUUCAGCAACACGACCAUAAAAGCUGUCUGUGUCUGGAGCAUUUGGGCAAUUGCAGUGUGGUGUCAUAAACCGUCUGAGAACCAAGGUUAUUAGCCACGAUUCCAA